CAUUGUGUUGACGUGUUGUUGGCAGCAUUAAAUUAAAUUAUUUAAGUUAAAAUAGUGUUUGCAAUUAAUCAAAAUGUCGCAAUUUGGCGCGCCCAAUGAUUUCUACGCCUCCGGCCCAGCAGCGGAUGCCAGCUAUAACUUUGAUAUGCCUGAAUUUGAGCAAGAACUCAAUUUCCAGAGCUUUGAUAAUACACAGCCCUCGGUGCCGCCCAAUUAUGAUGCAACAUAUAGCAAUGCGCCCAAUCAGGGUCUGGGCGGCUUUUACGAUCCCAACGCAUAUACAGAGAACAGCUUCGGGCAGGAGAAAUCCUUUAAGCCGGGCGGCGGCGGCGGCGCGCCCACUGGCAAUGAGUUUGAAGAUGAGCCGCCACUGCUGGAGGAGCUGGGCAUCAAUCCAAAUCAUAUUUUCCAAAAGACUCUGGCCGUGCUUAAUCCACUGCGUGGCACUGAGCAGCAAAUACUGCAGGAUACGGACAUGGCUGGUCCGCUGGUGUUUUGUUUAACAUUGGGCGGCUUUCUGCUGCUGAGCGGCAAGGUAACCUUUUCCUAUAUCUACGGCAUUGGUGUGAUGGGCUGCAUUUUCUUCUACUGUCUGUUGUCGCUGAUGGUGACGCGUGCUCAAGUCACAUUUGGUGCAGUCGCUUCCGUGCUGGGCUAUUGUCUGCUGCCCAUGGUGGUGCUAUCUGGCAUUAACAUUUUAAUCACUAUACAGGGCACACUCGGCCUAAUUGUGAGCGGCAUCUCCAUAUUCUGGUGCGCCAUAUCGGCCUCGAAACUAUUCGCCACUGCAUUCUCCAUGGACCAUCAACAGCUGCUGAUUGCCUAUCCGUGUGCAGUGCUCUACGGAGGAUUUGCGUUGAUUACCAUUUACUAGGCCGCCUCCAGGCAACAACAACAGCAACGAAACAGCAACCAUGUUGGCAUGUGUAUUGCAAUAUUGUGGCGUGGUUUUAAUUGUCCUGCCCACAUAUACACACAUGCACACACACACACACUCAUACAUACAUACGUUCAGCCUUGUCAUAGACAUGAUAAUAUUUUUUAAGAAAAUAAGCGCCGAUUGCGAAUUUGUUUUCCAUAUACAAACACACACACACACACGCAAGUAAAUACAUAUGUACAUAAAUAUACCUUUUUGUUUGUAUUUU